CUUCUUCCCCAAAGUUCAAAGGCGGCAACUUUCUCUCCCUAUAUCCACACGUUCACCCUAUAUUGCCUCGAAGGGCAGAACUGAAAAUUCUCAGCCGAGAUCGGAAGGCGAAGAAAAAACAAGAAGAAUCAAACGAGUGACCGCGGAUAGGAAUCAGUCGAAAGAAGGAAAGAUCCAGCCACCAUGAUCGCUAUCACUCCAAGCCACUCCCAUUCCCUCCGUCCUUCGAGAUACCGCACUCCUUUUAUCUGCUGUGACCUCUUGAUCGCCCCCCAGGGUAAUUGAUUGCAUGGCGACAAUCCCUUCCUUCUCCAUCACAAGAAAGCGAUCUUACUUCCCUAUUUAUCCCUUAUUCCAUCUCGCCUUCAUUCCUAACCCUAAUAGCAAUCUUCAUGGCCGACGUUUCCCCCAAGUUCCAUCGUCCGGACCUCCUCCCUGCGGCCGGUUACGCCGAGGCUGAGCUUAGCGUUUCGCAUGACGGCAUCGAAUUCUGGCAGUUUAUGGUUGCUGGAUCUAUUGCCGGCGUUAUCGAGCACACCUCCAUGUUCCCCGUUGACACCCUCAAAACUAGGAUGCAGGCCCAAUCCACCCCUUGCCACUCUGUCCCCGCCGGUCUCCGCCAUGCCUUCACCUCUAUCCUCCGACUCGAGGGCCCUCUGGGCCUUUACCGUGGUAUCGGCGCGAUGAGUCUCGGCGCCGGUCCCGCCCAUGCAGUUUACUUCUCCGUGUACGAGAAGGCGAAGGAGUACCUUUCUCGAGGAAACCCUAAUAAUCCCGCUGCCCAUGCCGCGUCCGGCGUGGUGGCGACUGUAGCCAGCGACGCUGUGUUGACGCCAAUGGAUACUGUGAAGCAGAGGCUGCAGCUGAGGAGCAGUCCUUACAAGGGUGUGGCCGACUGUGCGGCGAGGGUGUUCAGGGAGGAGGGUUUGAGGGCGUUCUAUGCGUCAUAUAGGACGACGGUGGUAAUGAAUGCGCCGUUCACGGCUGUGCACUUUGCGACCUAUGAGGCUUCGAAGAGGGCUUUGAUGGAGGUUUCCCCGGAUAAUGCUAGUGAUGAGAGAUUGGUUGUGCACGCUACCGCCGGAGCAGCGGCUGGGGCAUUAGCGGCUUUGGUGACCACACCGCUUGAUGUGGUCAAAACACAAUUACAGUGCCAGGGUGUUUUUAGUGUCAUGGGCCUAUGAGAGUACUGAGCAAUA